GCCAAUGAUUAGUUACAAACUUCUAUAAUACAAAAUAAGUUGCUUCAUUAGGGUUAGUGUACUAAGUUAAAAUUAAGGAAAUUAUUAAAAUGGACAUAACAAAAUCUGAAUGGCCAGAAAGGGAAAUGUACUGAGUUUGUCAUAAUUGAUGCUGAAAGUAAUCAAAAUAAUGAACCAUCACGUCCACUUUUAGACGAAAAAGAUCUUGAUAGUGAAGAUGACAAUGACUAUGAGGCUAAAGAGAAUUAUGAAGGCUUAAAUGGCACCAAUCGAACAGUCACAUUACAAACAUUAAUGAGUGCAAAUGUUUUGCAACCAGGUAAAGCGGUAAUGACUAUAGACUAUUUGGGCCAAAAAUUUGUCGGAGAUUUGAUGCCGGACGGUAAAAUAAAAUCACAAGAAUCUGAAACAUUAUUUCUUACUCCAAGUGCGUGGGCAGUGCAUUGCAAACGGUUUAUAAAUCCGGAGAAAAAAAGCGGAUGUGGUUGGGCAUCUGUGAAAUAUAAAGGAAAAAAGUUAGAUGUCUAUAAAAAUUCAUGGCUACGAAAGUGUGCCUUGCAAAAAGAUGUCAAUUUGGAUGAUUCAGAAUCAGAAGCGGAUAAGAAGUCGGAUUGCCUUUUGCCUAAUAUAAAGCGAAAUAUAUGUUCAUACAAUACUAUAGUGAGCCGAAAUUUACCGCAUGAUGGAAAUAUGUUAAUAAAAGCAGUGUCGUUUAUAUCAAUGGGAAAAGUACAACCAUUUUUAAUUACAUUUAAUUCUUCGGCUUUGCUGCUGGUUGAUUUCCAUUGCCACUUAACCAUGCGCGAAGUUUGCGGUUAUUUUGGAGGCCAUUGGGAUAUAAAUACUCACACUUUGAACAUAACGAAGGCAUAUCCUUGCAGAAAUAUUCAAAAAUCGGUUCAAGAAGAAAAGCAUAUAAAAAAUAUGAUAAUGUGUGAUCAACUUCUACUUGUGGGGUGGUAUCAUUCCCAUCCGAAAUUUCAAGCGGAACCCUCAUUGCGAGAUUGCGAUGCCCAGUUAGACUUCCAAAUUCGAAUGCGCGGAUCUUCAGAUACUACGUAUACACCGUGUGUGUCAACAAUAGUUUCUCCAUAUUAUGAUGAAAAUCCAAGCUUAGAAUCAGUAAUUAAAUCAAUAUGGGUUAUGCCGCCGAAUGAGACCAAACAAGUUUUGGAAUAUGGACGUCCGAUGUUAAUGCAAUAUUCAGUCAUAUUGGACAAGGAAGCACCAGCAUAUGUGCAUUCUGAACUGCAAGCAUGUGCGACUUAUUAUGCAAAGUCGCGAAAUGAAUUAAUUAAAUUUAACAGCAUUUUUAUUGAAGACGUUACAUUUUUAGAAAAGUUAAAACACACUUUAUAUUUAAAACUUCCUGCGGAACAGGAUAAUACUAUCUUUUGGAACUGGAUUUGUGAAAUUUUAGGUUGUGGGAACGAAGACAAAUUUAUUCCUCCUAAAACAAUGACACAUAUUGGCAAUAAGGGCAAACACACUUUUUCUGUAGAAUAUAGUGUUGAUUUACCUCAACACGAAAUUAAACAAGUUGUAUAUGAUAAAAAAUUUGUGGAAAUAGAAAAACAUGAUCUUGAUAGAAAGGGUAACGAAAUAAAAGUCCUGUCGCUGCAGGAGCAACUUUGUUUACCAUCUGGAUUAAACAUGAAUCCAGUUCGUACAUUUGCAACUUUGACGUCGUCUAAUCAGUUAGGAUCCAAUAAUAUACCAUCGUUAACGACUAAAAGUACUAAUGUUUCAUCUCACCAAACAUCUACUAGCUCGACCGUUACAACUUUAAGUUCAGAAAUGCUAUCGCCGUUGCCAACUAUCGGAUCGGCUUUACCAACUGUGUCUUUUACCGAAGUACAUUUACAUGACAGUCCAAUAACGGUACCUUCAUGCUCCGCAAGUCCAGUUAAAUCAGAAAUACCUGUAUUAAGCUCCCCUUCACCUACCAAAUCAGAAAUACCACUGUAUUCUCAGCAUUCUAACAAUGCAACAUUACUUAAUUCUAGAAAUCAAAAUACAUUAAACAUGACAUCGAAUUACGAGAUACCAAAUGAGUCUCAAACACAAUCAACAGAAUUCCAUUCUACAACGAAUGAUUUGGUCGCCGCAAGUUUAGCCCAUUUAGCUGAUCAGCUAGCCCCUAAUUUUAUACAAACUGAUCUGACUAACAUUUUUCAACAGCAUAGUGCUGAUAAAAAUAAUCGAAGCUCUACUAAUGAUCAUCAAAUCAUUUCUGAAAAGAGUGGAGAACAAAAAGAUAAUUCAUGUGAAACAGUUGUUAGUGGUUACACAAAAAACUUCAAUGCAUCACGAUCGUUGGGAACACAGAAUCAAGAAACUGCUGCAAGUAUUAAAAACAAAGCGGAGCCGUCGAGACUUUCCUCACCUGUACUCUUCUCAUCUAAUAACACAAGCUUAUAUAAAACAAAACUUAUGAAAGAAUUGGAUAAUAUAAAAAAUGAUCCCUUAAAAAUGAAUGAACUUAUGCGCUCUCCGGAAUAUGCUGCUCUCCUUUUACAUCAGGCGGAAGCGCUCGGUGCAACUACACUUGGCACACUCGGUUUAGGAUCUGAUUUAAAUUUUUUAACAGGCACUACCCUUGGAUCUAAGACCGAUCAAACGCAGACUUCUGACUACAAUAAUUUAGCUCAAGUUUCGAAAUUUCUCGGGUAUGAAACUUGUAUGCAAUUGGCAAAAGCAGAUGAUUUCAGCGCUUUUAUACAACAACAAAUGGGCGCUGUGGCAGCUGCAGCAUUGGUAAAUGUGUCCCUUUCAUCGAAAAAGCAAAAACAGUCAGAAUCUCAAGUUCAAACGGACUAUGGUUCCCUUUUACAAACAUAUUCUAAACUUUUUGAAAAUGAAAAUAAUUUUCGUUGCGGAUCGGUUGCAGGAAAGUCCUUAAAUAAUCCGCAUAAUGAAUUAUCUGCUUUGCUUUCAGUUGGAGCCGAUACUGACCUGUCUUCAUUUGAUUCCAAGCUGAAGACCAAAGACGUUUCUUCACAAAUCCAACAAAAGCAAAGUGAAAAUCAAAAUCAGACUGACAAUUCAUUUUUUUACCACCAGAAUAAGGCUGCUUCUCACUUGAGUUCACUAUUUGCACCUUCAACACCGACAGCUAACUUAUCGUCUUCUAAUAAAUUGUGCAAUAGUACGAAUUUGACGAAUAUGGCUGCCAUUGCAGAUUCCCAUAGUUUCUUUAAUGCUUUUUCUCAAGAAAAAGCUCAAGAAUAUGCCUUUUUUCAGCAGCAACAUAUUAAACAAGACGAAAAUUUUUUUCUUUCGCCUGCUACUAUGUUAAAAUUACAGAAAGAUUCGCUAUCUGCAAUGAUGAUGAAACCACCUAAAUCAACCUCAUCAAGUCUUGCGACAAUAUCUCGUUCACGUGAAGCUUCAACGUCUACAGUGCUAAGUCCAAUAAAAGGCGGCUCUGCCAAUAGUAUGAAGUAUAAUUAUAGUGCAAUAGACUUGGCAGUUUCUAGUAUUCAGUCCAACACAUCUGCUCCGAUUUCGGUUGAAGCUAGUAACAAUUUGAUGUCAAAACGAAGGCCUUCAAAUACACCACCUGUUGAUCUCAGCCGUCUUUAUAGCGAAGGUCAUUCUUCUUCCGUAAUUGGUUCCCUAAAAAAGCGUAUGGAAUUCUCAUCCAUAGCAGAGCUAGCUGCACCUCCGCCGACAAAAAUUUCAAAAGAAUGAAAUUAAAUUAAUGCAGCCUCUGAAUUACACUGAAAGAAAUAUUCACAAUUAUAUAUUUUAAACGUGGAAUAGCAUUCGAUGUUAAUUGUUUAUUUUGACAAACUUUGGAAAACCAUCAAUUAUGUAUUUGGUAAAAAAUAAUAAACUUAUUGUAUUUUUUUUUAGAAAUA